CGGUGGUGACUGCGGUAGGCGGGGAAUGCUUUACCCUGAGCCCCGGCUGUGUGUGGUGACAGUGACCGGGCGUAAAUGCAGAUAAUGGUGGGGGGCAGCCGCUGAUUGCAGCUUGUCAUCGCCUCCCGCGCGCGGAUUUCCUUGGAGCGUGUCCCCGGAGAUAUGUGAUGUGCGGCGCGGGGAGCGGACGGCAGCGUUACCGCAGCUGAAGAUAGGCCGCCCUCCUGCAGAGGGAGCAGCUGUGAGGAUUGAUGCCCCGCGGUGCGGCCUGCUGGAUUCUAGAGGCUUGGUAACUUCAGGACUACAUCUAUUACAGCGGAGUGAUUCCUGCCUCUUGCAGUGCUGCAGGGGAUCGCUCAUUGGCCAAUUUCCAUCCAUCUGCAUGUAUGCACUGACAACAAAGGUGUGUGCCCACCAGGUAGAGCUGCCGGCCCGUGUGCCAGCUGAGCAUUCAUUGCAGUGGUGCUUUUGUCUCUUCCUUAUGAUUGUGUGCCAAUCUCCCUACCUGCUGGAGCUGCCAUUGUGCAGUUGGCUGUAGGGUGCCUGCCCACAGUCCUGCUUCUCCACACACCUUCCCAAUUGGUCUUCAGUGUACAGGUAUAGAGUGCCCCUCACUUGCCCCCCUACGUUCCCCACCUGACUGUUGCCCCAGGGAUGAGUAUAGAAAUCCCAGAGGGGCUGACGGAGCUGCUGCAGAGCUUUACCGUGGAGGUGCUGAGGAAGCAGCCGGAGGACCUUCUGGAAUUCGCCCUGCAGUACUUCACCCAGUUAAAGGAGUCCCAGAGCCAGGGGGCUGCCCUCAGCCAUGGCACGGACCUACCCUUCAGGCAUCCCAAAGGGGUCAACUUUGCUGAGGAGCCCAUGCAGACCGACUCAGAGAAUGGGGACGAGGAUGACGAGGAGGAGGAGGAAUUUAUUGCUCCAGUCAUAAGCAGGUUUUCAAGGCGUGCAUCUGUGUGUGCAGAAGCAUAUAAUCCAGAUGAAGAAGAUGAUGAAACAGAAAAUAGGAUUAUUAACCCCAAAACAGAUGAACAGCGAUACAGAUUGCAAGAAGCUUGCAAAGACAUCCUCCUGUUCAAGAACUUAGAUCAAGAACAGAUGUCUCAAGUAUUGGAUGCAAUGUUUGAAAAGCUGCUCAAAUGUGGAGAUCACAUAAUUGAUCAAGGUGAUGACGGGGACAACUUUUAUGUUAUUGAAAGGGGGACAUACGACAUUUAUGUAAAGAUAGAUGGUGUGGGUAGAUGCGUUGGUUGUUACGACAACCGAGGAAGUUUUGGGGAGUUGGCAUUAAUGUACAAUACACCUAGAGCUGCUACAAUUGUUGCUACAUCUGUUGGAGCAGUAUGGUGUCUGGACAGAGUGACUUUCCGAAGAAUUAUUGUGAAAAACAAUGCUAAAAAGAGAAGAAUGUAUGAAAACUUUAUUGAAUCCCUGCCAUUCUUAAAGUCUUUAGAACUUUCUGAACGCUUAAAGGUGGUAGAUGUCAUCGACACUAACACCUACAGUGAUGGAGAACAAAUUAUUGCACAGGGUGAUGGAGCAGACAGUUUUUUUAUUGUUGAGUCAGGGGAAGUAAAAAUAACAAUGAAAAGCAAGAGUAAAGCAGAUGCAGAACAGAAUGAAGCAGUUGAAAUUGCUCGGUACUCCAGAGGGCAGUAUUUUGGAGAACUUGCCUUGGUGACCAACAAACCCAGAGCUGCCUCAGCAUAUGCUGUCGGAAGUGUAAAGUGUCUAGUUAUGGACGUGCAAGCUUUUGAAAGGCUCUUGGGACCAUGCAUGGAGAUAAUGAAAAGGAACAUUGCAAAUUAUGAAGAACAGCUGGUUGCACUGUUUGGAACAAACAUGGACUUAACUGACCCAAGUUCCUGAGUAAAUAACAGCAAUGCAGAAGACAUGAAGAGAAAUAAAAUAGCACAGUUGUGGUCGGUCCACAGAGAAUGUGUCUGUUUUUUUGUGUAGAUGCCAAGCAUUUUCUGUGAUUUUUUUUAAUUUUUGCCCCUUUAGUGGCAGACGAGCUUGCAAUCCAUGACUGCUUUGCAAUAGCUUGCUGAUCACACUUAAGGUUGUGUUAUUUUUAACAGAUUUUUUUAAAGUUAUUACAGCAGGUUUCUCAGUGAAAAGUUUGAUUUUAUAGCCAAUAUAGUUAAUUUGCAAUUCUUUCUAAGUAAACAUUUAGAUUUUUUUUUAAAAAUCAGUAUUUUGAUUUAGAUGGACCAGUAUUAUAUCUUCUCCAAACUGUAGAUGCUAAGCUAAUGGAUCAAAUACAUCUGCUACUUGUUGGGUAAUCAUAUGCAAUGGCUUCCCUCCAACAAGUAUCUCAGCAGUUAUAAUAUUCUGAUAGACUUAGCAUGGUUUUGUGCAUUGCCUCAUUUAGAAUGAAAAUCAAUACACUAAAUAAACCAGUAAGCAUGCCACAUCACUGAAUACAGGACACCAAUUUUUAUAUCGUUUUAUAUUGUGUGACUGUACCUUGAUUUAUUUUCACAUCCAGUUUCGUGCCGAGUUCACACAGCAGAAAAUUGUUAUGCACUGAUUUUUGUCCAUAAUCUGUGUUAAGACGCCAGCCAUUCUUUUUGCUGCCCUUUUUUCGCCGAUUACAGACAAGAAUCAACCCAUAAAAUAUAUCGCCAAUUUUUCUGCUGUGUAAACAACGGACACAAAACUACAAAUAAACACAUCAAAUAUUGCUGAAACCAUAAGAAACAAUAUCAAACAGUACAAACACAACACAUACAGCGAGUUAAAUCCACUGUGAUUUUUAGUGUAGAAACAAACCUGUCACUGACAAACCUACUACAAACAAGAUUUAUCAGUGAUGUCACUGGAGUCACUUCCAAUCAUGUGUAAAAGUUUCAUUAACUUGAGAAAAUCUAAUGGAGAUCUCCACCUAUCUAUAAUACAAAGCAGUGCUCUCAGACCCAGAGUAUGUAUGUCUUCACAUAAUCAUGAGAUUAAGGGGAUAUCUACAUUUAUCUUGUAAAAAGACCUUCCCUUUAAUGUAAGGUAACAACUUUUGCAGCAAUCUAUUUGUUUUUAGACAGAUGCUGUAUCUAAUAACCAUACACUUACAACAAGUGCCAAGUAAAACAUGUUGGUACGUCAACCGUGAUCUCUGCCAUCAGCCCCCUCUACUGUCAAACUCUUCUAACAUCACUUAUCUAUAAGAUAGUGGAGGAUCCUUUUUUGUCUAGAAUGUUAAUGCUGGGGUCUGGCCAUCCCAGUUUUUAUUGCCAUUAGAUCUAGUCAAAAACAAGAGGAUUAAUGGAGCCCGACUUCUGUCUAUACAGAAUAUGUGCAAGCCUUGUUUAAUUGCAAAUUUCUGGUGUUAUUAUUGCAAUAGGCUUAAUAUUCCAUCAAUAAGGUCUUAUAGGUUAUUUGUUAGUCAGCCUAUAAAAACACUUUAGUGAUAUGAAUGGCUCCAAAAUCCUGUUAUACACGGGCCCUCUGUGACAUUUAGUCAUUAAAUUGUAAUUAAUUUGUAACGCUAAAUGAAGACACCUAUGGCUGAUCUUAGCUGCACUCCUGCAAAUACAGAACACAUUAUAUGGGAUAGUUUGUGUACAAAUCACAAUGUUUUAGCUCAUAACACCGUAGUCAUAUUCGUUUAUUUUUUCUGAACAAUGUGCUGUGAAUAAGCGAUGAAUGUUGUGAGAAAAUGCAACAAAAUUGUCAAAUGGUUAAUCGAUAACAGAGCAAAACUUGCUUGAAAGGUUUGACAACCUCCAGGAAAAUAAUGGAAAAUAAAGGAUACUGUUUUUUAUGGGCCUUGUAAUUUGAUAUCUGUGUUCAGCCUUCUGCUUCUCUUCGGAGAUCCUAGAUUAUUUUGUGGUGCUAUGUCAGAAGGUAGAGUCCAGAUUUGUGGCCACAUAAAAUAGUAUGUACUGCUUACAAUGAUAAAUUUAAGAAGAAUUUAUAAAACCUUUGUAAAACAGGAUAAGCAUCUAAAGCUUUUUAUAAAGCUGCUAUACACAUUAGACAAGUUGGCCAGUUUCAGUGGGUUGGCCACUUGUGCAUAUAGGGCCUCCUCACUAUCCCCAAAACCAGAUGUUGGGGGGGGGGGGGGGUUUGGUCAUGUUGGAUUUCAACAUAUGCAACCCUUUGUUUUAGUGGGAGAACGUGCAUAUUUAUGGUGAGUUGGGUGAAAUAGCUGUGGUGAAAUUGCAUGUAAUGUAAUGUGGGUAACCAUCUGAAAAAGACCGUAGUCACUGGUGCAGGACAGAUGCAGUUUAUAUAUAUAUAUAUAUAUAUGUACCGCUUCUCUACAAAUUUUGACAUUUAAAUUCUUGUUUUAUGGCAUAUAUGGUAGAGGGAUUGGUAGGUACAGAGUUUUCCACAGAAUAAAAGCACAGUACAGCACAGUAUAAGUGCAUACAUAUGAUACACAAUAGAGCUGAAUGGAAAUUAUGCUAAUGGACUAAUUCCUUACAGAGAUGUGAGAGCAGAAGAUCAAUAACAAGCUGCAGGAGCUAUCCAGUGAGUAUAGAGGAAAGCAACACCUUUUGUAUGUCUUAGUGUAAUGAGUUUGAUUAGGUGGAUAAAUACGCAUGUUGUACAAGACUUGAGAGUGUAGAAUAUGUGGCAGUUUUUGUUUCCCUAUUUUUCCCACCUCAUUUUAGAAGUGACCCAGUUCUGUCUUCACAGUGUUUCCAUUCUAUCAAAUCUGUGUUGGGUCCUAGUGAGCACCCAGAUAAUUACAUACUCCCUGUUAGGAAUCUACCAAACCAAAUUAGGCAGAGUUUAUUGUGAAUACUGAGAUAAGAGCACAACUGCUCUUUUACACAUCAUCCCAACCACACAAGUAGAGUCCACCUGUUUUAUAGAUUGGAGGUCCAUAUGGUGGCUAUCCACAUGUUCCCUAGGAAAGGAUACGAAAAUUGACCCAGUUUAUGUAGGCCUGACCUGGCGAUAAGUUCAAUGUGACUAAGCGUAUGAAGAAUACAAUAAAUAAUACAAGACAUGUUUAGCAAAUAGUAUGUUAAUUGUAAUCAUUAUGCAGUUCUGCAAUUUGAAGCCACAGUAGACUUAUAAAAGGGCAAUGGGAAGUUUAAUUAAAAAAUAGCAUAGUAUUGUUAAAGGCAAGACAUUUAACUCCAAAUAACACAAGUGCCAAAAGUAUGCCCCAUUAGAACAUGGCAGUAACAGGAUCUAAAUAAAGGAAGUGUGGCUUGUAUGUUACUCCUCAUCAAUUGGCAUCUGCAGAUACUGCUGUGCGGACAUCAUGUAAGCUUACACUUGUGUGGAUCCUAAAGCUUGCCUAUUUUUUAAAGGAUUUCAGACUGACAUUUUCUGAACAAAUGUUCGUUCUUGAUCAGUGAAGGCUGUUGUCCUAGACUAUAAUACCAUAAGUUGAAGUGUUACUGAUCUGACUAAUGCACUUCAUAGACUAUAAUGGAGCACGAGUCGGAUGGGCAGCCAGGCAAGUAGUAAACCAUGCUGCCAUGUUGCUACCGCUCUCAUGAUCUCUGGCCUGGUGUGGUCUUCAUUUAUGAGGUGCAAUUCUUUCUUCAUUUAUGAGGUGCUAUUCUGACAGUGGGUAAAAAAAAUCCCAACACAGCAGAUCCAACAGAUAUCUACCAUCAGUAGUUGUAGUUGUAUGUUGGCAGAAAAUGGUCUAAAUUAGCCUUAGUAGCCAUCCAAAAUUUGAAAAAGGGAAAAAAAACAUGAGUAGUGGUAUUUCCCCGACGGAAUCCCCUUAGGCCUGCCCCGCCAGGUUCUCCGGCGAGCGGCGGUGGGGGCCUUCAGACAUGAGAGGUGUAGGAUAAGAGGGAGGCCGCCACCGCUGCCGGGGAUGCCGCCGGUGAAAUUCCACUACUCAUUGUUUUUUCACUUACCCGGUGAGGCGGGGGGUGGCUCCAAGCCCCUGGCCCCUUGCAUGGUGGUGUGAGACCACUGAAAUGUUGCACUUGUAUGUAUGUUUUAUGUAUGUCACACAUUGAUCACUUAUUAAUUAAUAUUGACUCCACUAAACCUUUCAUGUGAAUAGUUUUGGGUAUUAGGAAAACAUAGAGAUUAAAUUUUGUGCUAAUAUUGUUUAACGGUGUAUAAAUUAUAAUAUUAGGUGCAUGCAGUUGCUACAUGUUAAGGUAUAGCCAGUCAUUGUACCUAGACACACAAUCACUGUCAUAGGGUAAAAUAUAGAUAACCAUGUAUUUACCGUAUUUAUCGGCGUAUAACACGCACUUU